UUACAACUUCAAGGUCUCGUCAAUGGAGAUUUGUAACUCUUAUUCCUCAUCCUCUGUCGACAGUACUAAGCAUUCAGCUUCUGAAUCUUCUGUUAAUCUCUCCCUUAGCCUCACAUUUCCCUCUACUUCUCCACAAAGAGCGACAAAACAAGAUUGGCCCCCGAUAAAACCUCGUUUAAGAGAUACACUAAAGGUUCGUCGUCGUCUUCUUCAACGCGAUUACGACACAUGUCUGUUUGUUAAGGUUUAUAUGGAAGGUGUUCCCAUUGGGAGAAAGCUCGAUCUUUCCACAUUCUCAGGCUACGAGAGUCUAUUAGAAAGUCUGUCUCAAAUGUUCAAUACUUCAAUUAUCUGCGGUAAUCAUCGAGAUAGAAAACACCAUGUUUUGACAUAUCAAGACACAGAUGGAGAUUGGAUGAUGGUCGGAGAUAUUCCAUGGGAAAUGUUUCUUGAAACCGUGAGAAGACUGAAGAUCACGAAACCAGAGGGGUGUUAAGACUUGGAUCGUUGUUCGGUAGAAUUAGGCAUUGGUGAGAGUUUUCAUGCGGGACAGAGUUUUGGCUGCAUAUCAGCAACAAAGGCCUUAAAGAACUUGGAUGAUUGAUGCAUAUUUUUA